AUGCUCAAACGCAACAUCGCGUCGGGAAUAAUUAGACACUUGGUUAAAUACACCGGCUACCGGGACAGACCGAUCGAGGAGCGCCAGCUUCGCUUCCAGAACGGAUGCCGCGAGGGCCACACGGAAAUCGCCUUCGCCGCCACGGGCACGAACCUCCAGCUCGUGUUCGGCGUCAGCUCCGGGAACUUUGCCGGCGAUCCGCGCGAAUGCGAUUUCGACAAGGAGCAUGGGAAGGUUCAUCUGAAGUCACACUUGAUAAUGAACGGCGUGUGCGUGACAUGGCGGGGCUGGAUCGACCUGGAGCGGCUCGACGGUGUCGGCUGCCUCGAGUACGACGAGGAGCGCGCGGCCGAGGAAGACGCGCUGCUCCGCGAUCAGAUCGAGCGCUACAACCGCCGAGUCCAGGAGAUCGAGGACAAGCACAGGGCGUAUCGAACCGGUGGCGUCCAGCCGCCCCACCUCAAUCACCACUAUCACGGUCACCACGGGCACUUGGGUGUUCCUGGAAGCGGCGGUGGCGUCGAUCCCCACCUUAACCACCGCCAGGAUCCAGAGAUGGAAGUCAGACUGCGCGCUUAUUAAAUUAGCCUGUCUUUCCAUUAU